AUGCACCACGCCUACGGCCUCAGCACUGCUUUUGGGGCGAAAGUUGGCAAUGGAGAUAGUUCCUGCAUGAAAUUUAACGCCGGGUAUGAUGCACUUCCCCGAAUUAGACAUGCGUGCGAUCACAACCUUAUGGUGAUUUCCAGUAUUACUGGGCUUUUAGCUCGGGAAUUUGCCAUUCGCCAAGUUGCGCAUCUCCGCAUCGACCGGGUUUUCUUAUCAGCCAACCCACUCAACAUAGAAGUCUUUCGUGGCAUUGGAUCCCACGACAAGUUCCGCCACCGAGUAACCGAGAUCAUUUGGGAUGACGUGCGCUUGGAGAGAGGCCCAUGGCAAACAUGGGAUAACUUUGAAGGACAUGAACUGCUCUCAGACGAGGACGAACCCGGUAACAUGAGAGAGUGGGCCGAAGAGUGCCCCUUUUAUGCUCGGGAGUGUCUCAUUGAGCGACACAAUAUGAGGAGGAAGAUGCGUGUCCUAUAUGGUUUAAGGAGGCUGAGGAGGGGCAGGGACGUGGAUAGGCCCGACCACGUUACAUGCAGAGAACAGGUUUUGGCUCAGCUUCCACUGGGGGAGUGCUGGCAACAUUAUCAGCACCUACGAUGUCAGCAAAAAGAUGUCCUCGCCGAUAAUAGUGAUCUACACGCAUUUUUAUACGGUAUCAAGCAGUUUCCUGCUCUGAAGAGAGUCACCAUUACACCUGCGGCCAAUGGCUAUCUAUUCGCUCCGCUGUACCCGACCCCAAUGAUUCGCGCUUUCCCUAAGGGAUUCAAUUAUUAUAUUCCGUGGGGAUGGCUCUUUCCUAAAGUGUCAAGUGCCCCUGCGAUUGCAUAUGAGUGGAACGAAUACCCCGAGCUCGGAGAACGCUAUCGUGGGUCCCGCACUACGAUGCGUGUGCUCGCCAGUGAACCAAAUUCUGUUAGGGAGCUUGUUAUGAAUUCCACUCAUCUCCCGACUGGGAUCAACUGUACGAUCUUCGACGAGCCCUGCGAAGAGUAUGAUGAUUUUGCCACAGUACUCAAAACCCCUGGAUUCUGCCGUCUUGAUAUUGCUAUGCUUGUUGGAGGACAAUUCGAUUCAGAGAGCCGCGGAUCCCGGCGAUCCUUCCUAAAUGGACGGCUACGCCGCGCACUUGGCGAAGCUAAAGACAUGGAGAAUUUCAGACUACAUACGACAGUAACUGCUAAUCGCUACGAUGAUGGUUAUAGAUACCCAAUACUAGACUACCUGAUUCCAUUACAGAGCGUCGUGCCUACGAGGCUACGCCACUUCGAACUCUCCCGCUUCCUGGUCUCACAGUCUGAUGUCACCUCUUUUCUCGCCGCAUUACCGGGAUCUGUUCGCUUGGUUGAACUCGGCAUGCUCAAGUUCCUUAUAGCCGGUGAAAACUGGCACGGGCUGCUAGAGGAUAUGCGCAAAAUGAUACGCGAGAAAACACUAUGGGGGAACCGAGAUGUCGCUGCAAGACCGAAGGUUAUGAUUGGGCUUCCGCUUGAGCAUCUGCGUGAUUUCAUCUAUGGUGAGGGGGAAAAUCCAUUCUCUGGUCGUGUCCAUUGUAGUACUCCGCUUGGAGUUGGAACCUUGAAGGAUGCAUUUGAACCUAAUUUUGAACGCCCAAAUAUGAAUCAAGAUGAUCUGAUUAAGAUGGGCAUUGCUAAGGAGGAUAUAGAUUAG